UAUCAAAUAAAAGGAAAGCGGCCGGUUUUUUGUAAUUCUAAGAAGAAGAAAACCCACAACAACAAAAUGACAGUCGGUGACACCUUGCAUUAUUUAACAUUAGGAAAUCCCGUCAGUAAAACAAUAAUUGGCACUACUGCCUCAUUAUUUACUAAAGAAGGUUCACAGUCGGCAGCUGAAAAAGCUUCAAAAAUGUCAAAGAAUGUUGUGAAAAGUGUUAUGCCACCUUUAUGGAAAUUGGCUGGUCAUAACUACAAUUUUGUGCGUUUAGCUGGUCUAAGUGGUGCUUCAGCUGUUGUUCUUGGCGCUAUUGGUAGUCACCAUUUAAAUAUCCAAGAUAAACCCGAACUGCGUAAUGUCUUUGAUACUGCCAAUCGUUUUCAUUUUUUCCACUCUAUUGCAUUGUUAGGCAUGCCUUUGGCUAAAUAUCCAUUAGUUUCUGGUUCACUAAUGGUAAUCGGCACUGUAUUUUUUAGUGGUACUCUCUAUUAUCGUGCUUUUACCGGUAAUAAACCCCCAUUUGCCCGUAUGGCGCCAAUGGGUGGCACUUGUUUAAUACUGGCCUGGCUAAGUUUGUUGAUUUAAUCAGCUGUUGUUUUGUUUUUGUUUUCAAAGAAAACUACAUUUUUUUAUUAGUGAAAAAACCUGUAUUAAUUAAUGUUUUCUUAAAAGCUGAAUUUUGGAUGUUGUAAAAACGUUACCCUUAUUUUUGAUUUUUUUAAUAAAAGCUUACUGUUUCUACUUGCUAGUUUCUACUAUUUUUUUACUGGCAGUGAAUAUUUUUUAUUCAAAAUGUUUGGUAAUACAUAGUAAAACUAGCGAGCAAGUGAACAGCCUAAAAUAAA